GCACAGCGUUUUGUUGCCGGCGAUUUGUAAAGUUUGUUUAGUUAUUUAUUAAGUUUUUCUUACCAUUAUGACGCAGGCAACAGGUGAUGCACGUGUGCCGGAUGAGGAGAGUGAUCUUUUGCAGAUUAAGCCACUAGGUGCUGGCCAAGAAGUGGGACGCUCCUGCAUCAUGUUAGAGUUCAAGGGCAAGAAGAUCAUGCUAGACUGUGGAAUCCAUCCAGGAUUGACCGGCAUGGAUGCACUGCCCUAUGUGGACCUGAUAGAAGCGGAUGAGAUUGAUCUGCUGUUUAUUUCACAUUUCCAUCUGGAUCACUGCGGCGCCUUGCCCUGGUUUCUCAUGAAGACCAGCUUUAAGGGUCGCUGCUUCAUGACCCACGCCACCAAAGCCAUAUACCGAUGGAUGUUAUCAGAUUACAUCAAAAUCAGCAAUAUCUCCACCGAACAGAUGCUUUACACGGAAGCCGAUUUAGAGGCCUCUAUGGAGAAGAUAGAGACGAUCAAUUUUCACGAAGAGCGCGAUGUAAUGGGCGUUCGCUUUUGUGCUUAUAUUGCUGGUCAUGUUUUGGGUGCUGCCAUGUUUAUGAUAGAAAUUGCUGGCAUCAAAAUCCUAUACACUGGCGAUUUCUCUCGUCAGGAAGAUCGUCAUUUAAUGGCCGCCGAAGUGCCACCCAUGAAGCCUGAUGUUUUGAUCACAGAGUCUACCUAUGGCACUCACAUACAUGAGAAACGAGAGGAUCGUGAGAAUCGUUUUACCUCGCUCGUGCAGAAAAUUGUUCAACAAGGUGGCAGAUGUUUGAUUCCAGUGUUUGCCUUGGGUCGUGCACAGGAAUUGUUACUUAUUCUGGAUGAAUACUGGUCACAAAACCCUGAUCUUCACGAGAUUCCCAUCUACUAUGCGUCUUCGCUGGCCAAAAAGUGUAUGGCCGUCUACCAGACGUACAUCAAUGCCAUGAACGAUCGCAUUCGUCGGCAGAUAGCCGUUAACAAUCCCUUUGUUUUUCGACACAUUUCCAAUCUAAAGGGAAUUGAUCACUUUGAGGACAUCGGACCCUGUGUAAUCAUGGCCUCUCCCGGUAUGAUGCAGUCGGGACUAUCGCGAGAGCUCUUCGAGAGCUGGUGCACGGAUCCCAAAAAUGGAGUGAUCAUAGCCGGUUAUUGCGUAGAAGGAACUCUGGCCAAAUCUGUACUCUCAGAGCCAGAAGAGAUCACUACGCUAUCAGGGCAAAAGCUUCCACUCAACAUGUCCGUGGACUACAUAUCUUUUUCGGCUCAUACUGACUAUCAGCAGACCAGCGAGUUCAUUCGCUUGCUGAAGCCCACACACGUGGUGCUCGUCCAUGGCGAGCAGAAUGAGAUGUCGCGUCUAAAGUUGGCUCUGCAGCGAGAAUACGAAGCGGAUGCUAGUACAGACAUAAAGUUUUAUAACCCGCGUAACACACACGCCGUGGAUCUGUAUUUCCGCGGAGAGAAAACCGCCAAGGUGAUGGGAAGCCUGGCUGCCAAGAAUUCGGAAGUGGGAAGCAAACUCUCAGGUGUUCUGGUUAAACGGGAUUUUAAGUACCACUUGCUGGCUCCUUCUGAUCUAGGCAAAUACACCGAUAUGAGCAUGUCAGUAGUGACCCAACGUCAGUCGAUUCCUUGGGGCAGCUCACUAACCACACUUGAGCUUCUGCUCGAUCGCAUUGGAGCAGGAUGUGUGGAGGUAAUAGAGCCGGAUCGAAAACUGCGGGUCUUUAGCUGCAUUGAACUAACUGUGGAGCAGAAGAUAAUCGUAAUGGAGUGGCAAGCAACGCAUGUUAACGAUGUUUAUGCGGAUGCCGUCCUCGCCUGCAUAAUGCAAUCAGAGCUGGGUGGAACCAAUCUGAAGGGCGCCACGAAGCAGACCAAGUCGGAUGAAUCACGUUUUCGGGAGUGCCUCAUUGAAACGCUGCAGGACACCUUCGGCGACAAUUGUGUGCCCAAAAUGUUCAAGGGUGAUCUGCUACCAGUAGUAGUCAGUGGCAAACGGGCGGAAAUCAACCUGGAAACAUUGGUUGUCAGCUGCGCCGAGGAUGACGUCCUACGCCAGAUGAUCAAUACGACGGUGCAAAAGCUGCACCAGACCCUAGUAUCUGCCCACUGAAAGCCAGAGCCAUUCCGCAAAAUAAAUCUCCGUUUGUGUGAGAAAUAUUCUUUUUAUUGUUUGAUACAAAUUGAAAAUAGUUUUGCAUGUAUAAAC